UUCAGUGGAGUUGUCAUUGCCAAGGCUAUUUAGUGAAAAUAGUGCGCAAAUUAAAUUAGUGAAUUAAUUUUGUGCAAUUCUGUGACAAAAUUAUCCGAAAUCGGCGUUCGUUGGAUAUUUUGAUAGUCAGAACGACCACAAUAACUGGUGAUUAAUACCAAACUAUAGCGCCAAGAUGUCAGAUCGCAAGGCAGUCAUCAAAAAUGCGGAUAUGAGCGAGGAGAUGCAGCAGGAUGCUGUGGAUUGUGCUACCCAGGCCCUGGAGAAGUACAACAUUGAAAAGGACAUUGCGGCCUACAUCAAGAAGGAGUUCGACAAGAAGUACAAUCCCACAUGGCAUUGCAUUGUUGGACGCAACUUUGGAUCGUAUGUGACACACGAGACGCGCCACUUCAUCUACUUUUACUUGGGACAGGUGGCCAUAUUGUUAUUCAAGAGCGGUUAACUUAACCCCAGAUGGCCCCCAAUUCUACACACACACAUACCACACGAACACAUACCACACGCACACGAAACAUUUGCAGUUCGCCUUUUUCGUUGUUGUAGCCCCUUCUCCAUCUACUUCACAUAUCGACAACACACCAAGAACUCUGAUUUGAAAUGGCACACUGUUAGAAUCUUCUAUAUCUUGCAACACUGAGCAAAUGGAGUGGCAUGACGCUAUAUUUAACCGAUCAACCCAAGCAACCUACACUUACAAUCGCGUUUAUUAAAUUUACAUUAGUUUUCAAUUCACACAACUUUCGAAAUGGAUUAAAUCAAUUACAUCAGCUAAGAAUCUUAUUUGUUUUUAUCAUCUCUUGAGAUGUGAUCAGCCGCUGUAACAAUAAUAUAUCCAUGAUAUUAAGCAAUGUUAUUUAAAAAAUUAAAGGCGCAACUUCUUGCUCGAUAA